AAACAGACACACUUUGCUUCAGAGCACCAAUAAGCUGGAUGACAAAACCAAUGUUAAACAUAAAAACAAACCAGAAAGCUAAGCAGUGACAAAUUAUAGCAACAAAUCGAAAAUUAAUAAAAAACGUUAUUAUGCAAGUGCGACAAAGUUUAAAGCGAGCAGUGCAAGAAACGCCAAACAAAAUCCAAAGCAUUAAACACAACCAGAAAGCACAUUUAAAACUAAAAACAUUACGACGUCGUUUAGUAAAAGUAACAACAGCAACAACAACAACAACAACAAAAUUGAGCGAACAACAAAAGGCAAAAACCAUUUACAUUCUGCCACACCGGCUUUGUUCAAAGUCUAUAAAAUUAAGCUCAUUAAAACGGAGGGUCUAACAUUCGCAUUGCUUGCGGGCCCCAUGGGCCAAGCGGCAAGUAUGUGUCGAUUUCGUGGUUGUCGCUACAAAAAGAAUAAGAAUAGCAAUAAAACGCCAUCGCAUAGCCAAAAUAGUGGCAACAGUCCACAACAACAACAACAACAACAGCAGCAGCAAUACGACCUGCAGCCAACAACAACAACGACAACAGGUCUGCACUUGCGCAGCAUUGAAGAGCCCGCCUCCACGCCGCUCCAGCUUGCUUCGAGAAUGCCCGCGGAGCAGGGGGGCACAGGGUACGUGAAUGAGCACAGUUUACUGAUUGCACAACGGACCGGUGUCCCCCUGCCUCUGUCGCCGCACGCCAAUUACCCGCACAGCAUUAGCAACAACAACAACAACAACAAUAGCCACACAGCUGCAUAUGCAACAUCAGCAUCAUCAGCAGCAACAACAACAGCCACCCACCACCAGCAGCAGCAAUCACAACAGCAAUCACUGCAACAUUAUCAAUAUCAGCAGCAACAACAGCAUCAACAUCAACAUCAACACCAACACCAAUAUCAACAAGCAUCGCCACAACACAGACCCUACGAUCCAGAGCAUGCUCGCAUGGAGGCCUGGCUGGAUGAGAAUCAGGAAUUUGUACAGGAUUAUUUUAUAAGGAAAGCAACACGUCAAACAGUGGACGCCUGGCUGGUCUCGCAUGCCACCUCGGCUGGCAACGAUGUCGUCAGCAGCAACUCGCCCACACAUGCCGCAAAUGGACAGGCGUGCUCAUCACGUGGCGGCUCUGGCGCCACGACGCCAGUGCGCAAAAUCUCGGCACACGAGUUCGAGCGCGGCGGCCUCCUGAAGCCCAUCGUCAAUACCAUAGAUGGCACGCCCACUUUUCUCAGCAUCGGUCCCCAGCUGGACAGCUGUGGCUCUGGCGGUGUAGGAAGUAUCAGCGGCAGCUGCUCCAAUCAGCAGAGUGGCGUUGGCGGCCAGCAUCAGUAUCAUGUGCAACAGCCCCACCAUCAUCAGCACAGUCAUUAUCAGGCGGGAGGGGCUGUGGGCAGCAGCAGCAGCGGAAGCGUCGGCAACUCCCAUCAUCAAUAUCAAUAUCAUCAUUACAGUUGUCAUCAGAGACCGCAGCGACUGUCGCGCAACGAGCUCAAGCUGCUGGAUGAGAAAGAGCUCAUUUUUGAAUUGGUAAAGGAUAUAUGCAAUGAACUGGAAGUGCGCACAUUAUGCCAUAAAAUUCUGCAAAAUGUGUCCAUUUUAUUGAACGCGGAUCGUGGCUCAUUAUUUUUGGUGCAAGGACGCUGCAAUGGCGCUGAUGGCCUGAAAAAAUGUCUCGUCUCGAAGCUCUUCGAUGUCUGUCCACGCAGCACAGUCGAGGAAAUGGAACAGCAGGAGGAAGUGCGCGUCGCAUGGGGCACAGGCAUUGCCGGCCAUGUGGCGGAGAGUGGAGAGCCCGUCAAUAUACCGGACGCUUACCAGGAUGAACGCUUUAAUUGUGAAAUCGAUUCGUUGACCGGCUAUCGGACAAAGGCCCUUCUCUGUAUGCCCAUUAAGGAUUCAGCGGGUGACGUCAUUGGUGUGGCGCAGGUCAUCAAUAAAAUGAAUGGCGAGUGCUUUUCUGAAAUCGAUGAAAAGGUCUUUGCAUCGUAUUUGCAAUUCUGCGGCAUUGGACUGCGAAAUGCGCAACUCUAUGAGAAAUCUCAGCUGGAGAUCAAGCGGAAUCAGGUGCUGCUAGAUCUGGCACGCAUGAUAUUCGAGGAGCAGAGCACCAUCGAGCACAUGGUCUUCCGCAUCCUCACCCACAUGCAGAGUCUCAUUCAGUGCCAGCGCGUGCAGAUCCUGUUGGUGCACGAGGCGGACAAGGGCAGCUUUUCGCGCGUCUUCGACUUCGAGGCGAACGAUCUGAGCGAGGAGGACUCUACGUCGCGCACCAGUCCCUACGAAUCGAGAUUCCCCAUCAAUAUUGGCAUCACGGGUCAUGUGGCAACCACCGGCGAGACUGUGAACAUACCAAAUGCCUAUGAGGAUGAUCGCUUCGAUGCCAGUGUCGACGAGAGUCUGACAUUCAAGCAUCGCUCCAUACUCUGCAUGGCCAUUAAGAACUCCCUGGGCCAAAUCAUAGGCGUCAUACAGCUCAUUAAUAAGUUCAAUGAUCUGGACUUUACCAAAAACGAUGAGAACUUUGUGGAGGCAUUCGCCAUUUUCUGCGGCAUGGGCAUUCACAACACACACAUGUACGAGAAGGCCAUUGUGGCCAUGGCCAAGCAGAGUGUAACUUUGGAGGUGUUGAGCUAUCAUGCCUCGGCCACCAUGGAUGAGGCGCAUCGCCUACGCCGCCUGCGUGUGCCGUCAGCUGUGCAUUUCCGCUUGCACGACUUCAAGUUCGAUGACAUACACUUCGAGGACGAUGACACGCUGAAGGCCUGUCUGCGCAUGUUUUUGGAUCUCGACUUUGUGGAACGUUUUCACAUUGACUACGAAGUGCUCUGCCGUUGGCUGCUGAGCGUCAAGAAGAACUAUCGUAACGUCACGUAUCACAAUUGGCGUCACGCCUUCAACGUGGCACAAAUGAUGUUUGCCAUACUGACGACCACGCAAUGGUGGAAGAUCUUUGGUGAGAUUGAAUGCCUGGCGCUCAUUAUUGGUUGCCUGUGUCAUGAUCUCGAUCAUCGGGGGACGAAUAAUUCCUUUCAAAUCAAAGCCUCCUCCCCGCUGGCUCAGCUAUACUCCACAUCCACCAUGGAGCAUCAUCACUUCGAUCAGUGCUUGAUGAUACUGAAUAGUCCUGGCAACCAGAUAUUGGCAAACCUCUCAUCGGACGACUAUUAUCGUGUCAUUCGUGUCCUGGAGGAUGCCAUUCUGUCCACAGACUUGGCGGUCUAUUUCAACAAACGCGGAGCCUUUUUGAAGAGCGUGAGCGAACCCCUAAGCCAUUGGGUGGAUGAGGAGCCGCGUGCCCUUUUGCGCGCCAUGAGUAUGACUGUCUGUGAUUUGUCGGCCAUCACCAAGCCCUGGGAGAUUGAGAAGCGUGUGGCCGAUUUGGUUAGUUCGGAGUUCUUCGAGCAGGGUGAUAUGGAGAAGCAGGAGCUGAACAUAACGCCAAUUGAUAUCAUGAAUCGCGAAAAGGAGGAUGAGCUGCCCAUGAUGCAAGUGAACUUUAUCGAUUCAAUCUGUUUGCCCAUCUAUGAGGCCUUUGCCACACUCUCCGAUAAACUGGAGCCGCUCGUGGAGGGCGUGCGCGAUAAUCGCGAUCAUUGGAUUGAAUUGGCCGACGAUGUGAAAACCAAAACUAGUCAAGGUGAGGAGCAGACGCAGCAAAUUGUGAUAGCAAAUGGUGACAAGGCCAUGAGGGAGGACGCGGUUAGUGCUGAUGAUGAUGAUGAUGAUGGUGAUGAUGAGGAGGCGGUCAGAGCGACAGCCGAGCAGCCGGUAGCCGAGGAAGCAAGCGUAAAUGGCCUGAAUGUAGGAAAGAGCAACUGCGCAACUAUUAACAACGAUCUUGACGUCGCUUCUCCUCCCAGCAGCAAACGUCAGAGUCGGGCGGCCAGUGAAGACAGCAACGAGCAGCAGGACGAGGCGCAGCAGGAGGCGCAGCAGGAGGCGGACGAUGACGGAGAUGUGAACGGGCUGAGCACGGAAAAUGGACACGUCUCCGAUACGGAGCUAACAGCUACACAUUCCAACAGCUGUUCCUCAUUGGCAUCCUCAACAACCGCCUCCAGUCGACUGUCCACGCCGCCGCCCACCGGCGAGGAUGACAGCACACCCGCCUCACCCUCCAAGACGUUGCAGCCCACGCUCAUAGCUGCAAACUUGGAAGCGCUAUCCAUGCCGGCGUCCAAAGCGACGCGCUGCAGGAGCUGUGAGCAGACGCGGAGCGGGCUGCAGGUCCGCAAGACCAGUUCGCUGAAGGGAGCCCAUGAGUUGCAGUCCGAGGGCAGGCGGGGCAACGGACCCGCCAACUUGUGCAAAAGCACGCCCGCCAUUGCACAGCAGCCGCAGCACCAGCAGCUGAAUCAUCACCACAACCACCACCAGCACAGUCAUAGCCAUCACCACCAACAUCAUCAUCAUCACCAGCAUCAGCAUCAGCACCAUCAUCAUCAUCCACAUCAGCAGCAUGGCGGUGGCGGUGGCAUUGGCAGCGCCAGCAUUGGCGGCAGCGGCCUUAUUGGUCUCACCAAUCCGCUCCUCAAUGCGGCCGCCCUGCCCGAAAGUGAUAAAAUACCAAAAAUUGUUGGCAAACUUGGAAAUCUCGAUGCGCUGCCCUUCAAUGCGGUCUGCGCCAAUGGCUUUGGCGUCUACACAUCCAACUAUAUGCAGCAACAGCAACAACAACAACAACUUCAUCAUCAUCACCACAACCAUCACCAUUUGCUGGGGCGUCGCCACUCGGAGACCACCGGCAAUGGACCCACGGCGCUGGCGGCAGAGAAAUAAAUGUCUAGCCGUAUAUUUCAAACUGUAUAUAAGUAGGCAUCUAAUUCACCAUUAACUGUCGAUUCUGUCGAAUCGUAGAAUUGAAUUUAAAGUAAAUCGAGAGUUUGUCAAACUUAAUAAGCAAAGCAAGCGACCCUUCCUCCUCAUCCGUCACACCACACUUGUACAUAACAUUUCUUUUCUAAUGAUUGUCAAUAAACAAUAUACAGUAGAAGCAAAAAUCCGUAAAGCAUACCAUUAAGCGAAUUGUUUGCACAACAAUUUCACUUUUAAAUGAAAAUGAAAAAAUAUAAAGAUUCCUAUAACUAUGUACUUGUACUGUACUCGUAUAUAGCACAACUUUUUGCUGUAAUUUCAAUUUUAGCUCAUAUGUAUGUUCGUAUAUCUGUAUGUUUAUAUAUACGUGUAUGUGAGUAGCGUGCAUUAAUGUUAGACUUAACGAAUAUCUGCAUAUACAUAUAUAUAUAUAUAUAUAUAUAUAAAUGGUAUAUAGAAUACACAUUCGUGUAACACGAUAGCAAGCAAAGAAGUCAAAUUCUCUAGAUAUUUAAGCACAAAGUGUACCAAAAAAAAACAAAACAAAAAGGCAGAAUAGAAUACAAUUACUCUUUGCUGUCAUUAUCGUCCUCUGCAACACUUGGUCGUUUACUAGAAUGUAGCGCUCAAUGCACCCAAAAUAAAUGCGAAAAGUAUUCUAUUUCCAAGCAUAUUAAAUACAAGUAUAUCUAUAUAGAUGUAAACGUUAGUCGAAAUUAUUCGAUGGGUACCAAAAGUUUGACUGUAAUGAGCCUAGAAAGCGUGCGAGCCAGCGAGCGAGUAACCAACCAAUUAGUGAUGUUUCUAACUUAAGUCGAGAGUCGCGUUAGAGUGUAACGGUAAACCUUUAAGCUUAUUGCAAGCAUUAGUUGUUAAUCUAAAAGUAAAGCAGAAGUUAAAGCAAAACAAGAACCCAAAGCGCUUUGUAUUUGUUCGGUGCGCUCUUUUCGAAUUUAAAUAAAUAUAAAGUCUACUCUAAUAUACUGCAUAUACUACAAAGAUAAAGAUAACUAUAAAUAUAAAAUAUGUAUGCAUAUAUGUAUGUAUAUAUAUGUGUGUAUAUGCAACAUUAUGUCGAAAAGCAAAUUAUUAAACAAUUAAAUGGUUGAAAACAAGGUACGGAAGUAGAUCGAUCGACGUGCAUAUAUAGACAAAUAAUACAUAUGUAUAGCAAAUCGUACUUUGUGAGUUUUGUUAUUUAUUGUCAAAGUGUAGCCUAGACGGCAUUAUAGAGAAAAAUAAACUCCACACACACACACACACACAAACACAAACUAUUUGCUGUAAUAGAACCACGUUCAACAAGUUGCAAAACUAAAUAAAG